AUGUCCCCCAGUGUAACCAAGAAGGUUCAAAAGGUCAAGAAGCCCUCAUCGAAGUCAAAUACAAAUGAGCUGAUACGUAAAAUCAAGGAAAAGGCAGAGGCUCAGAAGAUCCCGGAGCCAGAAAAAACUGAGACUGUAGGUGCAGACGAAACUCUAGAACCAAAGGAAGAAGAUAAAAUAGACGAUACAGUUGAAGAACCAGAACAGAAAUAUGAAAGCUUCAACGACUUUGGCCUUGUCCCUGAAAUUUUAGAGGCUUGUGAGAAGCUUAAAUACACCAAGCCAACUCCAAUUCAAGCUGAAUCCAUCCCAUACGCUUUGAAAGGAAGAGAUAUAAUUGGGUUGGCACAGACUGGUUCCGGUAAAACAGCUGCGUUUGCUAUUCCUGUUUUGCAAUCGCUUUAUGAGCAGGCAACUCCAUUCUUUUGCUGUGUCUUGGCUCCCACAAGAGAGCUAGCAUAUCAAAUCAAGGAAACCUUUGACUCUCUAGGAAGUGGCAUGGGAUUACGUUCUGUUUGUAUUGUCGGUGGUAUGGAUAUGAUUGACCAGGCCAAGGAUCUAAUGAGAAAACCCCAUGUGAUUGUAGCUACCCCAGGGAGACUAAUGGACCACUUGGAAAACACUAAGGGGUUUUCUCUGAAAGCAUUGAAAUAUCUGAUUAUGGACGAAGCAGAUAGGUUGCUAGACUUGGAAUUUGGACCAGCGAUUGACAAAGUUUUGAAACUAAUACCAAGAGAGAGAUCGACAUAUCUUUUCUCUGCCACAAUGACCAAUAAAAUUGAAAAAUUACAGAGAGCUUCGUUAGUAGAUCCGAUCAAGGUUUCGGUAUCUUCCAAAUACAGUACUGUCGACUCUUUGAUCCAGUCACUGAUGGUUGUGCCAGACGGUUAUAAGAACACCUUUUUGAUCUAUCUGCUCAACAAAUAUCAAAACAAAUCCAUUAUAAUAUUUACCAGGACUUGUGCCCAUGCCCAGAGAACUGCGCUUUUGGCACGACUGAUGGACUUUAGUGCUAUUCCACUACAUGGACAAUUAAAUCAAUCACAAAGGCUUGGAGCCCUAAACAAAUUCAAGGCCAGAGAAAGAACGAUCCUGGUAGCUACCGAUGUUGCAGCAAGAGGGCUAGAUAUUCCUAUGGUCGAUGUCGUCAUCAACUUUGACAUCCCCACAGACUCGAAAGCCUACAUCCAUAGAGUGGGCCGUACUGCAAGAGCUGGUCGGUCCGGUCGCUCAAUCUCAUUGGUCACACAAUAUGACUUGGAACUAAUCCUUAGAGUGGAGAGUGUUCUUGGUAUGAAACUUCCAAAGGAUGUCCCUCCGAGAGACGAAAUUCUAUCCCUUCAUAAUACUGUUGAAAAGUUCCACAACGAAGCUGUAAGACAGAUCAAAGAACACCAGAAUCGUCCAUCAGGAAAAAGAUCUAAGAAAAGGGAUUAG